AUGGGACUGGAAAUCAUCAAUGAAUGCCACAACAUCAUCAAGGACACAAAAUAUUCGCAAGCUUUGCAAAAUUACAAUCAAACACACAAUACUGAAAUUCUUAAACUUAAACCUCUGCAGGAAAAGGCUUUAGAUGUGUUGCUAUCUGGAAAGGACUGUUUAUGCUCUCUUCCAACAGGAUAUGGGAAAUCCUUGAUAUUUGAGCUUCUUCCUUUUAUUGAUUCAAACUGUUUGGUAGUGAUAAUUGAACCAUUGAAUGUUAUCACGGCACAGGAAGCUCAAAAGCUUGGUACUAAAUCAAUGUGUCUUACAAGUAAGAGUGACCUGACUGGUAUUAAAAAAGGAUCAGUUAAGUACAUUUUCUGCCAUCCAGAAGACAUUUUAUAUAACAAAAAAAUCAUGGAAAUGUUUAGGAAUGAGGACUUUAAAAUGAAACAGAUAUUCCUAGUUGUAGAUGAAGCCCAUUGCAUUUUAGAGUGGGGAGAUGACUUCAGACCAGACUUUAAAAGGCUUGGUAAUUUAAGAUCUGUCUUCUGUUGUCAGGUGUUAGCUUUAACUGCCACAGUUACUUGUGUAGGCCAAAAGGAAAUAAUGAAAAAUUUACUCAUGAAAAACUGGGCAACUGUUUGUGCUGCUCCAACUAAGCCAAAUAUUGUUCUCGCUGUCUUGAAAAGGCCCAGUGCAACAUCUAAAGGGAACACUUCUACCUCACCCUAUGACUUCAUAUUUGAAAAAAAUAUUGAAUGAACUGAAAAAUAAAGGGAAGGAUUUCCCCCUAACAAUCGUCUACUGUAAAUCAAUACAAUGGAUCGGCUACGGAUAUGAACUGGCCAGAGAGAUACUGGGGGACCAGUUUUAUGAAGGCGAACAGCAACCAGAGCAU